ACCGUACGCCUCGCGUCACUUCCAGAUGUCAAUAUGCGGCUCAGUGCGGCGGUGGUACCGUAACCGCCGGAAAGAUGUGAACAAGUAAUAGAUUAAAUUCCGAUACGAAAAAAUACUACACGUUUUUUCAAGAGCGUUCCUCUCGACUUAAAAAGGAGCUGGAAAACCGGUCCGUCGCGUGGAUAAUCGGACAGUCGGAGUGCCUGAUUCAAGCAGCCAUCUUUUGUGAGGAUGGACAAGGGAGUACGGCGGGCCUGCAUAGGCUUUGACCGUAGCCUGAGCCGCGGGUUGAAGGAAGGUCCCCGCGGCUCAAUGCUGAAAACGCUGCUACUGUUCUGUGUCUUCGGUUUGUUCUGUGGGCUUCCUAAGUUCACCGAGGCUAAAGAAUGCGACAAGCCGUGCCUCAAUGGGCAAUGCAACACUGCUACUGGCAGCUGUUUGUGUAACCCAGGCUGGGUCGGGGACCAAUGCCAACACUGCGGAGGAAGGUUCAGGCUGUCUGGACCCUCUGGCUUCCUGACCGACGGCCCAGGGAACUACAAAUACAUGACCAAGUGCACCUGGCUCAUCGAGGGACAGCCCAACAGCAUUCUGCGACUGCGGUUCAACCACUUUGCCACUGAGUGCAGCUGGGACCACCUGUACGUGUACGACGGAGACUCCAUCUACGCCCCUCUGCUGGCAGCCUUCAGUGGCUUGAUUGUGCCUGAACACUAUGGCAACGAGACAGUCCCAGAGGUGGUGUCUCGUUCUGGCUUCGCCCUGCUGCACUUCUUCAGCGACGCUGCCUACAACCUUACAGGCUUCAACGUCUCCUACAGGGUGAACACCUGUCCUAAUAACUGUUCAGGGCGCGGGGAGUGCAGCGUGGGGAACUCCACAGCCUCGGUGCUGUGUGAGUGCGAGGAGGGCUGGAAGGGCGAGGCGUGUGACACCCCCUACUGUGUGUCGAACUGUGGAUCGCCGGGGCGGGGCCACUGCAGCCUCCAGAACAAGACCUGCGUCUGCAACCCAGGCUGGCAAGGUCCCGACUGCUCAGUGUCAGUUCCAGCCAACUGGUCGUUCUGGACGCGGGAGGAGUACAGCGUGCCGGGCCUGGCCCGGGCCUCCCACAAGGCCGUGGUGCACGAGGGGGUCAUGUGGGUGGUGGGAGGAUACGUGUUCAACUCCUCCGAUUACCACAUGGUCCAAGCCCUGGACCUGCAGACCCAGCGCUGGCUGCCUCUCAACCGCUCCGUCAACUCUGUCAUGGGCCGCUACGGACACACUGUGGCCCUGCACCAGGGAAAGAUCUUCAUGUACGGGGGGAAGAUGGACUCCACGGGCAACGUGACGAGCCAGCUGUGGGUGUUCCACACCCAGAACCAGAGCUGGGCGCAGCUGAGCCCGCGGGGCAAGGAGCAGUACGCCGUGGUGGGCCACUCGGCUCACAUCGUGCCCCCCCUGCUGGAGGGAGGCAGCCCCGUCAUGCUGGUCAUGUUUGGACACUGCCCGCUCUACGGAUACAUCAACCAAGUGCAGCAGUACGACAUAGGUCAGAACGUGUGGAGCCUGGUGAGCACGGACGGGGCGCUGGUCCAGGGGGGGUACGGCCACAGCAGCGUGUACGACCCCCUGUCCAGGUCCAUCUACAUCCAUGGGGGCUACAAGGCCUUUAGCGCUAACAAGUAUGGACUGGCCGGAGACCUGUACAAGUACAAGGUGGACGGCAGCAAGUGGACGGUCCUGAAGGACAGUGGUUUCUUCCGCUACCUGCACACGGCGGUCAUCGUGGACAGAACCAUCCUGGUGUUCGGGGGGAACACGCACAACGACACGUCCAUGAGCCACGGGGCCAAGUGCUUCUCCUCCGACUUCAUGGCCUACGAUCUGGUGUGUGACGAGUGGUCAGUCCUGCCCAGACCAGACCUGCUCCACCAUCUCAACCGCUUCGGACACUCUGCCGUCUACAGCGACAGUGUGAUGUAUGUGUUUGGAGGCUUCAACAGCCUGUUGCUGAGGGACGUCCUGAGCUACACUCCGGCCAGCUGCUCAGGUCUGCCCAGCCCAGAGAGCUGCUCUGGAGGAGGCCCGGGCCUGCGCUGCCUCUGGAACACCACCCUGGGUGUCUGCCUGCCCUGGGGGGGCCCCAACGCCCAGCCUCCCGGCCCCCAGCCCCCCGGCUGCGGUGCCCGCACAUACGCUGACAGCCAGCGCUGUGACCAGUACACAGACUGCUACAGCUGUACAGCCAACACCAACGGCUGCAUGUGGUGCGGCCUGCAGUGUGUGUCCCUGGGGAGCAACUGCACAGCAGCGGCGGGCCCCAUAGCGGAGUAUGAGGUGUGCCCCAAGGAUAACCCCUCCUACGUGUGCAACAAGAAGACCAGCUGUAAGAGCUGUGCCAUCAACCCUAACUGCCAGUGGGAGUCCCGCAACCAGGAGUGCAUCUCUCUGCCAGAGAACGUGUGCGGGGAGAACUGGAGGCUGGUGGGGAACUCGUGCAUGAAGUUCAUCACGGCCAACGACUCGUACGACAACGCCAAGCUGACUUGCCGCAGCCACAGCAGCGCCGUGCUGGCCUCCCUCACCACGCAGAAGAAGGUGGACUUUGUCCUCAAGGAGCUGCAGAUCAUGAACGUGCUGUACAAGGCGACGAUGACUCCGUGGGUGGGCCUGAGGAAGAUCAACGUGUCGUACUGGUGCUGGGAGGACAUGUCCCCCUUCACCAACUCGUCCCUGCAGUGGCUGGAGGGCGAGCCCAGCGACGCCGGCUUCUGUGGCUACCUGGCCGAGCCCCACGCCGGGGGCCUCAAGGCACACACCUGCAUCAGCCCUGUCAACGGCAGCCUCUGUGAACGUGCUGCCAACCUCAGUGCCAAGCAGUGUCGCACGCCCUGCGCGCUGCGCUCCAGCUGCAGUGAGUGCACCAGUAGCAGCUCAGAGUGCAUGUGGUGCAGCAACAUGAGGCAGUGCGUCGACUCCAACGCCUACGUCGCCUCCUUCCCUUUCGGACAGUGCAUGGAGUGGUACACCCUGAACAGCUGCCCUCCUGAGAGCUGUUUGGGGUACCGGACCUGUGGCCAGUGUCUGGAUCAGCCUGGCUGUGGCUGGUGUACGGACCCCAGCAGCACAGGCAGGGGUCAGUGCAUGGAGGGCUCCUUCAGGGGCCCUUUCCAGAGCCCCGUCCCGGCCCCCUCCAAGCAGCCCAGCCUGGGCUACACCCCCCCUCCGGCCCUCAACGCCAGCAUGUGCCCCUCCCAGAGCAAAUACAAUUGGUCCUUCAUCCACUGCCCAGCGUGCCAGUGUAACGGCCACAGCCAGUGUGUGAACCAGAGUGAGUGUGAGAAGUGUGAGGACCUCACCACUGGACGCCACUGCGAGAGCUGCAUUGCUGGUUACCACGGAGAUCCCACCAACGGAGGCAACUGCCAACCCUGCAAGUGUAACGGCCAUGCCAGCAUGUGCAACCCCAACAACGGCAAGUGCUUCUGUACCACCAAGGGCAUCAAAGGAGACCACUGCCAGCUGUGUGAACUAGAAAACCGUUACCAAGGCAACCCACUCAAGGGAACAUGUUACUACACGUUGCUGAUCGACUACCAGUUCACCUUCAGCCUAUCACAGGAAGACGAUCGCUACUACACCGCCAUCAACUUCGUGGCCACGCCUGACGAGCAAAAUCGGGAUCUGGACAUGUUCAUCAAUGCUUCCAAGAACUUCAACCUGAACAUCACCUGGGCAACUAGCUUCACAGCAGGGACCCAGACUGGAGAGGAGAUACCCAUUGUGUCCAGAAGCAGCAUCAAGGAGUUCAAGGACAGCUUCUCCAACGAGAACUUUGACUUCCGCAACAACCCAAACAUUACAUUCUUUGUGUAUGUUAGCAACUUCACAUGGCCCAUUAAAAUCCAAGUGAGUCCACAGCAACACACACUCCCAACCAACCCCCAAACACUCCCAAACCAUACAUGACUAUAUACUAUAACAUACUUUACAUGAACAUCCCCACAGUGACUAUAACAUACAAUAACAUGACUAUAGUAUACUGUAAGGCUGGGUGUCACCCUGCCCCCACCUCUCAUAUGCUCCAAUCUGGAGGUGCUCGACAGGGUCUCUACUGGAUGGCUCUCACACCUCAUGGCGUAACUUACUGUAGCAUUGCUUGUCAUAUGUUGAUAAGUAAGGGUCCAGAUGUGGUGUGAUUGGUUGUUCUUGGGUAUAAAGGGAAUUAUGAAGCCUUGAUCUCCUGAGGGCUUCUCCUCAGCUCUGGCUUGUCCUACUCCUUCUCCUUCCUCACCUCUUGGUUUCUCUCUGAUUUACAAUA